CGUUUCCAGGGGGCGUAAAGGCAGACCAAUCAGAAACCUUGACGUGUAGUCGGCGUAGUCUGUUUAAAAAUGUCACUAUUUGAUAGAAACACAAUGUCGAAAAAUCUGAAUAUUUUGGUUUUACUGUGUGUUAUUUUAUUUUUUAAUCACGCCUUAGGAAAGAGUGCUCGUUAUGUAUCUUGUGGAUCAGUCCUUAAGCUUAUGAACUCUGCCACUAAAGUUCGCUUACACUCUCACGAUGUAAAGUAUGGAACAGGUAGUGGUCAGCAAUCGGUUACAGGGGUAGAAGAAAAAGAUGAUGGCAAUUCUCACUGGGUUGUGAAAGCUGAAAAUGGAAAACAGUGUACUAGAGGUGAACCAAUUCAAUGUGGCUCCAUUAUUAGGUUGGAACAUCUUUCAACAAACAAAAACCUUCAUUCACAUUUAUUCCCGUCUCCUAUUUCCAACAAGCAAGAGAUUUCUGCUUAUGGUUCAAAUGGUGUGGGUGAUACUGGGGAUAACUGGAAGCUGAUUUGUGAUGGAUCAUUCUGGGAUCGCAAAGGAGAAGUUUCUUUUCAGCACAUAGAUACCGAUGUUUACCUCGGGGUAUCUGGGCGUCAAUUUGGGCGUCCGAUCAGUGGACAAGCAGAAGUUAUUGGGGACUUUUCUAUAUCAUCAUCAUCGCAGUGGCUUGCUAUGGAAGGUCUCUUUAUACAUAAAAAUGAAUUUGAUUCAAGAACAGUUUCUCAUGAUCCCUCUGAACUCUAGUCAAAGUGUUCCAUCUUCGACACAUUUUCUGCCUGUGAUUCUGUCUUUAUGGUAUUCCAUUAAACCUACUGUAGCGGAGUAUUUGAACAGACUAAAUUUCUUCGCCAUUAACUUUUGAGAGUGGGCUCACGACAGAAUUCUGCUGACAGAACGAGUAACUUUCAUUUAUUUAUUUUAUCUUGGAAAUAUUGUAAGUUUUCUGUAAUAGGUUUAUUUAAAAACUGAUUUUUUGUUUGUAUGUGAAUUUCUGGUUGAACCAGUAUAUCAUGGUCCUUUUUAUUAUUGCCAGUGGCUCAUUUAUUUCAAUUGUUUUUGUUUCUUGUUUUUGAAAACUUAUUGACAUAUGGAAUGUACUAGUGGUGUGAAUCUGUUCAUUGUGAUGUUUUACUUACAAAAUUGUUAAUGAUUCUUGAGACUGAUGACAUCAAGAUUGCAUUCCAAUUUGAUUGUCACUGUAAGUCAGGGCAUAUGCAUAAUUUAUUUGUAUUACUUAAAUUUGCCACUGUUAAAUGACGUGGAGAAAUAAUUGAUUUGUGUUGUAGGAUAGUAAUUGUCAACUGUGACUUAUUGGUUGCUGCUUUUAUCAGGCUGUACUGUAAGAUUUUCUGAUUUCCACUUCUUCACUUUAGAUCUUGUGAUGUAUCUCUGCCCAAGUAAAUUUAGGUCUACAUUAAUUGUAUCCAAUACAAUAAAAAGGGAAAACAAACAACAGCUUUCUUAUGUGUUAUGUGUUCUAGUGAAAUUUUGGUUUUGUACAAUAUUUGUAGCAAACGUUACCGUGUUCUUUCUUGCAAUUUGUAAUUCACAAUUUGAGUCUUGUCUGUGGCAGGGUUCUUCCCUCUGAAGUUGUCUGAAACAAAGGUGGCCAAAAUAACAAUUUCUGACUGUUUCAAAAAUAAAGACAAAGAAAGCAA